AUGAAAUUAGUUUCGAAAAGCCUUGCAAGCACCGAGGAGAGAGAAUAUUCACCAUGGCCCUCCCAGGAUCAAUCCGACAAUUCAUAUCAUACUACGAUGGAUUCGUUUUGCGAUCAUCACAUAAUAGAUUCAGAGCCCUUAAUAUUAGGAAAUUCGAGAAUUGUAAAUUCAAUUGAAGAUAUUGAGGCUUAUAUUAAGCAAGUCGAGGUGGAAGAAGAAAGAAAUGAUCAUUCCUUGAUGAUGAUGAUGCAUCGAACAUUGGUGGAAGAAGAAAUGAUUUGUUCCGAAGAAUACCUUUCAAAUUUAAUGGAAAAGAACGAGUUAAGCCAUGAUCACUAUUCAAUCUCUUCCUCGUAUUCCACGGCAUCAGAACAGGAUGAGGAUCAGCUUCCUUCUUCAUCAUCGUCCUCUCUCAACAAUUUACAUCGGUCUAGGUAUUCUGAAGAAAUGAUUGUAAAUUCUCAGAAACAACCGAAAAGCCUGCCCAUCGUCGACACAGGAACUAGUACAGCUUUAAAAACGCCCAAAAUUAAUGUUGUUUCAAAUGUCGUUUCUUCAUCUCAUUGCCAAACUCCUUCUCUUCGAUACACUUAUCGAGGAAAUUUACUGUUUGACUCGUCUUUUGAAUGUGGAAACUUGGAAAAAGUCAUUAGAGUCAGUGACUUUGAAUAUGAAUUGUAUAUUAGAGGGGACACAUUCAAUCCAAGCAAGAAGAUGUGGUUCUAUUUUAAAGUAUCCAAUGUUUUGAAAAAUCAAAAGGUCCUCUUCACUAUUAUGAAUUUAACCAAAAACAAAUCUCUAUAUAGAUAUGGCAUGACACCCUUUGUAAGUUCAACCAGUAGAAAUAGAUGGGAAAGAAUUCCUGAAAAACAGGUCUAUUAUUAUAGAAAGGAAAAAGGACCUAAGCGAAAUAAUAACAUGUCACAACAGGGCCACAACAAUCUUCUCUCCUUUGUGUUUGUCUUUGAUAAUGAGCAAGACGAAUAUAAGUUUGCUUACUGUUAUCCAUACUCCUACACAGACCUUCAGAAAUUCUUAUUUUUCAUUGAAUGUAAGAAAUUUCCCUAUUUCAAGAGAAGUCUUUUGUGCAGAAGUGUACAGCAGAGAAGAUGCGACUUGUUAACAAUCACAAAUGUCAAGCCAACUACUUCUUCCAAGAAGAGAAUAGUAAUGAUGACAAGUCGAGUGCACCCAGGUGAAACACCAGCCAGUUAUGUAUGCCAUGGAUUUAUCAGCUUCAUUGUUUCCAAUCAUCCCAUAGCACAAUUGUUACGAGACCACUUAAUAUUCAAGAUUGUACCCAUGUUGAAUCCAGACGGUGUGGCAAUUGGUAAUUAUAGGACAUGCUCUAUGGGGUUUGAUCUGAAUAGACAUUGGCUCAAUCCUCAAGAAUGGUCACAACCAACAAUUUACCAUGUGAGGAAAUAUUUGUUAGAAUUGAAGAAUGAUCCUCAAUAUCAAAUUGACUUUUACAUGGAUCUACAUUCACAUUCAGGAGCAUUCAAUGGGUUUAUGUAUGUCAAUUAUGCCAAUUCUUCCUCCAAAUCAGAUUCAUAUGAUCAAUUAAGAUUUCCCAAAUUAUUGGACCAGAAGGCAAGAGAAUUUUCAAUGAAUGAUACUAAAAGGUGCCGAAAUCCUUCAAAGCUGGGCACUUCAAGAAGAGUAUUGGGAGAAGUACUGCAAGUCGCAAAAUAUUGUUAUACGUUAGAGGUAUCUUUUCUAAGCUAUAAAUCCAACACUACUGAGGCUGCCAACUCAAAAGAAAGAUACUUUCCAUUCACCAUGGAAAAUUAUCUGGGUCUUGGCAAGAGUAUUGCUUUGGCCCUAGCCGAUUUCUAUGGACUGAGUGAAACAGUGAUAUCAGGAAACGAAUAA